CAGUCCCAGCAUUUCCAAAGAUAAGCUUAAAAAUGAGAAAAUCCACGCCAGCGAUUGGCCAAAAUUCCCAUAAUCACACUCCAAUCACUUCAUAAAUCUCUUCGUUUCAUUUCCACCGUUCCGUUUUCUCACAAUCUUUUUUUUUGUUUUUUGAAGAGAGAAUCUGUGAAUUUUUUUUAAUAAGCCAUGGCGAUGCUGCACAGAAGAAUCUUGAGGAGAACCGUAGAAGAAGCCAAGGCAAAAUUAAACUUUAACCGUAACCGUACACUCUUUCCCUGCAGUUCCUUCUCUACGGUUACUUCUUCUUCUUCCGCCGCCGCUGCAGCAUCCGAUGAGGCGCCACGUCAGCUUCCAGUGUUCGAUUACCAACCGAAACCGUACAAUGGACCGUCGGCAGAUGAAACCCUUGAAAAGAGGAAGAAGUUUUUGGGGCCCUCACUCUUCUACUACUACCAAAAGCCCUUGAAUAUUGUUGAAGGGAAAAUGCAAUAUUUGUUUGAUGAAAACGGGAGGAGAUAUUUGGAUGCAUUUGCCGGAAUCGUAACGGUGUCCUGUGGACAUUGCCAUCCGGAGGUUUUGAAUGCUAUAAUGGAGCAAAGUAAACUUCUCCAGCACGCUCCCACUGUUUACCUCCAUCACGCGAUUGCUGAUUUUGCUGAGGCUUUGGCUUCCAAAAUGCCUGGAAAUCUCAAGGUGGUGUAUUUUGUUAAUUCCGGGAGCGAAGCAAAUGAGUUAGCCAUGCUGAUGGCCAGACUGUACACUGGUAAUCUUGGUAUGAUUUCCUUGAGAAAUGCUUAUCACGGUGGAAGUUCUAAUACCAUUGGACUCACAGCUCUAAACACUUGGAAGUACCCAAUACCAGAGGGAGAAAUCCAUCAUGUUGUAAAUCCAGAUCCUUUUCAUGGGGUCUUUGGCUCUGAUGCUACUCGCUAUGCCAAGGAUGUACAAGAUCACAUUGAUUAUGGUACUUCAGGAAAAGUUGCUGGAUUUAUAGCAGAAACCAUUCAGGGAGUUGGAGGAGCAGUUGAACUGGCCCCAGGAUAUUUAAAACAGGUUUAUGACAUUGUACACAAGGCUGGUGGUGUCUGCAUUGCGGAUGAAGUGCAAACUGGAUUUGGUCGCACAGGAAGCCAUUAUUGGGGUUUUGAGACUCAAGGUGUCAUUCCUGACAUAGUUACCAUGGCAAAGGGUAUUGGCAAUGGAUUACCUUUAGGAGCAGUUGUGACAACACCAGAAAUAGCAAAUGCGAUGGCUCAAAAACUUCAGUUUAACACUUUUGGUGGGAAUCCUGUAUGUUCUGCUGGUGGACUUGCAGUGCUUCAAGUUCUAGACAAGGAGAAGCGUCAAGCACACUGUGCUGAUGUUGGUUCUCACUUGAUUGGGCGCUUGAGAUCUCUACAGGACAGACAUGAUAUCAUUGGAGAUGUCAGAGGUAGGGGCUUGAUGGUGGGUGUAGAACUUGUUACUGACAGGAAAGAGAAGACACCAGCCAAGGCAGAAACUGCCAUCCUAUUUGAGAAAAUGAGAGAACUUGGAGUUCUACUUGGGAAAGGUGGACUACAUGGAAAUGUUUUCAGAAUAAAGCCGCCAAUGUGUUUUACCAAAGAUGACGCUGAUUUUCUUGUUGAUGCUUUGGAUUAUGCAGUAUCAAAGCUGUGAGGAUGAAUCCGUCAAGAGCAAAAAGAUCCUUUGGUAUCAAAAUCCAACACGAUCUUCUCUUAGUAAUAUAAACUAUAUUUCCUUGCAUUUUGAUGUGUUGAUAUGAAAAUUUCAUCCUUCUUUCUACAAAUGCAUUGCCAAGAAGAUUAUUAUAUUAGAUUGCAUCUUCCAGUGAACAAAAAACUUGCCAUUCUUGGCAAAAUGUAACAUUCUAAACAGGGGAAACAAAGAGGCAAGUAGUGUUCAGUGUGAACUUGCUAUUAUCAGGAGAAAAA